CCCCAUUUUUCCCCAUCUCCUGGGAUCACUGUACCGUGUAUACAUAAGCGGAGGGCUCUCUACGAUUUAGUGCCGAUAGAGAAAAAAAAAAGGGACUCGCUAGUGAACCGGAUCGUCACUCGCCUUCGCAAGAACCAUCACCUACUUUUUCUGGACACGAUCGUCUCCCUGUGUCGAAGACAUUAGGCAUACAAGUACCGCGUCGCACAAAGCUCGGCCACCACCCGGAGUUGCCUUUACCUUUUUGCGAUUCGAGGUUCACCAUCUUUCGGCAGUCAGAUGGUUAGGUAACCUAUUCUUCGAUACACCACAAAUGUAGUUGACGAGAACUCCAUACGUUGUUCCAUACGUUGUAUGCCCGAUGGCCUGCCUCUAAUGGCUAAUCGCCGUUCUUGAACCACUUGUCGUUCCUUUCACACCUUUCCAUUCCAAGUACCCACACCACCGCUGCAGCAGCUUGCAGCUCAGCUUCCUAUCAUUCCUUAUACUCCUCAAACUUAUAUUAAUACUUCAUUGACGGGUCAACCCGAAUCCCGACAUCCCGUUCCGUUUCAUUGCAGGCCCCUGUGGUGAAGUCGUCUUCGACGUCACCACCGAUUCACCCGCCCGAAUGAUGGCGCCGACUUUAAACGUACCGCAGAGCACCCACGCCAAAAUGAUUGUCUCACCACCUCGAUUGAACUUGCGUAGGGCCGCAUCGUACCAGCAUGAAAAGGCACCUCUAUCAUCCACCUCCUCCCGCUUCACCAUCAACCAACUCAUGUUCUCUCCUCCGCCUUCUCCUGGAUUGCCUGCCUUGGUACCUCGGCCCCGGAAGUCCUCUAGCGGGCCAAGACCAAGCCGCGUCCUCCGAAUAACCGCGUGGAUCGCCGCGUUAGUAUUGAUCUCCUUCGUAGUCAGGAGUAUUGUAAAGAAGGAUAUACAGGUGCCCGUCAGCUGGACCCUGACGGACAGUGAGGAGUAUGAAAUGGUUGGACAAUAUGACUUACCUGAUUUUCCUACGCCUAUUGCCGUGACAGACCGGAAUGGCAGGUCUAAGUGGACUGUCUCCAUUCCACCUACGUCUGAAUUUCCCUUGACCAUUGAGGAGUAUACAGACAUGUGUGUCCAAUGCCGGGAGGUGGCAGCCCAUGUUAGAGAGUUACACGGCUACACGAAUCCUUCAAAGCAUAUCCAAACAGACUAUUAUUAUGAAGAUCCUUAUUUUGUCGACGUCAGCGAUGCCGAGAAACGUGGACUUCUUCCUGGAAUGGAGGGCAAGGCGUGGAAAGUGACAGCAAAGGCUCAAAGCGGCCACUUGGUGGGGGAGAAAGCAGACGGGCUAGUCGAUAAGAGCUUCUGCAAAACAUCGUUGACGUUUGUCCUCGAAUCGGCGGAUGCUGGGCUGGGCCAUACAUUGAUGAUGCUAUGGAUGGCGUAUGGUCUCGCGCAAAAGGAGAGGAGGUCGUUUUUCAUUGACGACUCACGAUGGGCGUAUGGCGAAUAUACUACGAUUUUCAAGGCGCCACCGAUGCCAGAUUGCAAUCCGCCACCACGUCACGAGAUGUUACCAUGUCCCCGUACAGCGCGACAUCUUGUUGUAUCGGCCGCCACAGCCCCUCAGACCUUCGGCCAAAGCUUCCAUCUCGAAUACGAAAACUCCAGACGAAGCGACGUAAAACGAGAACGGCCAGUAUACAACCUUGCACGGGCAGGCUACGAGGCUUUAUUUCAUCUGAACGAAGAUGACCAACCUUACGUGGAGCAGCGUGUCAAGGGGCUGAGAAGAAUGGCCAAAGUGGCUGAGGGAAACUAUAACGAUGGUUUGAUUGUUGGCGUUCAUAUUCGACACGGUGAUCUACACCCUUACGAAUACCAAUACAAUGGGGCAUACGUACCCUUAAACAUAUACGUGCAGAAGUCAAGGGAACUCAUCGAGCAAUAUCAUAAUUUUAGUACACCCUUUGGGGGAGAGGAUGUGGCUGCGAAGCAACACUCGUUCUCUAUUAUUGCAUCAGACGAUCCCGACGUGUACGAAACGGAAGAGUUUUCGGGUUCCCUUCGAGCUCAGGAGCAAAUCAAGCUGGCCAGUACACAACGCGCCCCGAAGGCGAACCCGGAUAAGACAGUAAUGCACAAAUUUGUCGAUGAGGCUUUCGGUUGGGAGGGGGGGUUCUUCGCGAGCAUGUUCUGGAAUCUCGGCCGGUCGACCUUGAACAACGCCAACGCGGGAGCAGCAGGCGAAAUGCAAACAACGCUCAAACCGUCGGCAGAGACUAUGCGACUAAGGGGGCUGAUCGGACGAGCUUAUAUGCUGGACCUAGCUGUACUGGGCCAAGCUAGUGAUGUUGUCAUUUGCACUAUGAGCGCAAUGGGAUGUCGAUUGCUAGCAGUGAUUAUGGGCUGGGAAAAGGCGAUGGAAGAAGAGAGAUGGGUUAACAUCGAUGGGGACUUCCGAUGGACUGCAUUAUCGCUAUCAUGAGCACCCGGCGUGGCGUUUUUCAGGCGUUUGAUUGUUUGCUCCCAAAACAGACGAGCCGGCAUACAAAGUAAAAAGAUAUCCUUGCAUACAGCAUAGCCAAUCUCGGGCGUUUAGGGAAAAGAAGGAGUUUUUAUUUUUAUUUUUUUCAAGACGGACUAAGUUUUCGACGAGUGGGACGGAAGCAUGAGAUAUCUUGACAUCAUGGGAUGAAGCAUGUUGGGGGGUGAAUAGAGGCGUCAAGAGAAAGAGUAUCUAGAGAGCAGCAUAGCCCACUCGCGAGGGUAGGGUAGGUUAGGGGGAGGGGAGGGCGUUGCACUUCCUUCGUAGGCAAGCCAUACCGGCUACAAAUGGUAUUUCAUUUAUAUUCAGAUGGCAAGACAGUACAUCUAAAUCUAUAUCCGUAAUGUCGAUAUCUUUAGUAACUUCGGCUUGAGUGGUAGGGUAUGAAGAACACUUUGCGUGCUCCUCUAA